CAGAUUUUUACAUUCUGUUUUUAUUUGGAUAUAACACAACGUCUCAACUUUUUCUGAUUUGGGGUUGUACAGUAUCUAUAUCUCAUAUAACUUUCAUGGUUUCUUUAUAUAUCAGUCAUAUUAAAAAUCAAAAUUGUAUUUGUCUUCAAUUGAUCUUUACUUCAGCAUCCUGGACGGUGGUAGCGUAGCGAUUAAGGACCUUGGCGAGCAUGUAUUAGCCUGAAAAGUUGUGCGUUCAAUUUUUGGCUUCCAUCGUUCUUGAGUCCUUGAGCAAGGCACUUGUUGCUCCCAAGUUGCUCUGGGGACAAUGGCCCUUGUAAUAUCAUUGACAUUCUGUAUGUGAGUCGUGUUGGAUAGAGGUGUCAGCUUAAUGAACACAUGUAAAUCCUGUAUUAAUACAUCGCUCUACAUUUCUUUGCAGUUAUUUUCAGGACACAAUGGGUCCUCAAACCCCAAAACGCAUGACAGUGCUCCUGUUAGUGCUUUUCCUUACUUGUGGACUUCUGACGUGGCUUCUGAACCUCACGGCCUCUCGGUCGCCUUGGUUCUGUCCAGCAGACGGCCAAGAUCCGCCUGCAGCUGCGGAGGGCGACGUUGUGUCGGGGCGGACGGCUUCGUCGGAGAAGCCCAUCCUGCUUGUCUGGUGGUGGCCCAUGGGGAUUCGCUUCGACUCCGCUGACUGCCUGACCCACUUCGGCAUAGACGGCUGCGUCAUCACCGACGACCGCUCCCAGUUCGGUGCGGCCGAUGCAAUCCUGUUCUUCCACAAGAGCAUCGCACGGGACCUCAGCAAUCUCCCCACGGCGCUUCCGCGGCCGCCUUUCCAGAAGUGGAUCUGGUACAACGUGGAGUCCCCCACCAACACGGCCAAGAAGGCCGGGCUGGACAGCCUGUUCAACCUCACGCUGACGUACAGGCGAGAUUCGGACAUCACCUCCCGCUACGAGCUGAGCAUCGUGAGGGGUCAGUCGGAGCAGUUCACGCUACCCCGGAAGGACAAGUUGGUUUGCUGGAUCUUGAGCAACAGCAUGACUGGCACUGGUACCUCCACAAGACUGAAGUACUACCACGAACUCAGGAAACACAUCAGGGUGACCCUCUACGGAAAAGCCGCCGCUGGGGCAAUUCCUCUGAGGGAUGAAGACUACUACUCGACGAUUGGCAGUUGCAAGUUCUACCUGGCCUUCGAGAAAUCCAUUCACGAAGACUACAUCACCGAAAAGCUGAACGGACCAAUGGUCGCCGGAACUGUGCCGGUGGUCUUGGGCACCUCCCGAGAGAACUACGAGCAGUAUGUGCCCGCAGACUCCUUUAUCCACGUCAACGACUUCCCGGAUCCAAAGGCUCUGGCUGAGCACCUGCUGGAGUUGGACCGUAAUGAUGCCGAGUACAGGCGUUACUUUGCGUGGAGGCGACACUUCAAAGCGACACCUCACCUUCUGGUCAAGCGCCACAUGCAGCCAAUCUGCACAGCCUGUGACCACAUCGCCAAGGACAACACCUUUAAUGUAGUCCAUGACCUCUCCUGGUGGUUCAAUGGUGAUGUCGAGGGGCAUCAGUGGUGAUCUAUAUAAGGGACAACACCUUUAAUGUAGUCCAUGACCUCUCCUGGUGGUUCAAUGGUGAUGUCAAGGUGCAUCAGUGGUGAUCUAUAUAAGGGACAACGCCUUUAAUGUAGUCCAUGACCUCUCCUGGUGGUUCAACAGGAAUGUCGAGGGGCAUCAGUGGUGAUAAGGGACAACGCCUUUAAUGUGGUCCAUGACCUCUCCUGGUGGUUCAAUGGAAAUGUCAAGGGGCACCAGUGGUGAUCUUUAAGGGGCGUUUUUCAGACAGGACUAUGAAGAACGAUAGGAAACAAAUGGGAGAGAGAGAAAGAUGGGGAGUCAGGAGGCUUACAAUUGAACCCAGGGCUCCAUGGGCAUCUGGAAUAUUUGACUGUUCUUGUGAAGCAUUGUUGCUGUAUGGUGUAAGAGUUAAAUCCAAUAAAAACACUCAGCUGGGUUUGACUA